AUGGGCCGCCUCGACUAUGUCGACUACGACGUCGACUGGGAUGACGGAUACGAUGCCAAGCUCUUCGAUGGCAGACUCGGCGAUCUAGAGGAGUCCAACACGACAUUCGACGAUCGAGACGACUUCAACGCCAAGCUCGGUGGUUCAGGCGACGGCAGUGAUUGGUGUCGCGACGCUGGUCAUAAUCGUAUACCCUCCUUCUACGUCAACCUCGGCAGCAUCGAUCCAGCAUUUAGGAGAGGCGGUGAUAAUACUAAGGCCUUGCUUGUCAAUUGGUGCAAGGUAAACGGACUUUCAAGAAGCUACUACUGGUGGGGCAACACUUCAGUUUUCACCAAGCGUUGGGUCUCAGACCAAGCCCGAUAUUUGAGGAAGGAACGAGCAAACAUUGAGAGGGCUUUCCCACAAUAUUUGAACCCAGAACGGAUCUUUCUCGAGGGGUUCUUCCAGGCUAUGGCUUUCGCUGUUGAGCAGCCAGAUGUGUUCUUUUUCACACCGGCUCGUAAAGACUGGAAGGAGAAGAGUAUCUGGCAAACGGCUGAAUAUCCUGCUUUGACUCGAAAUCCAUACGUGCAACGCAUUUGGCGCAUCGACCCGUCCUACACAGGCAACUACACAGAACUGUUGUGGGAUCGUGCUCGCGAUGAUCCUCUGCCACCUAUUGGCUACUAUCCAGCCUAG